AAAUAACAAGCGGGCGGGCGGCCGCGGCGCUGCGGCGCAGUUGUCUGACGGCAGCCCGCGGCUGCGGACGUCGCCGGCAGAGGCGCCCUGCGCUGCGGCGCGGGGACCACGCCGCGGCUGCCACGGGAUGACGUGAGCCGCCUGCAUUGCGAGAGUGAGUCCUUCAAGAUGGACCUCAUUCUCGACGUCAACACGUGGCUGUACCCCAUGGAAUUGGGCGACAAGUUCCGGCUGGUGCUGGCGACGACGCUGCAGGAGGACGGCUACCCGGACAGCGGCGACUGGAACCCGCGCGAGACGGAGGGGUCGCGCGCCGACCGCUUCGAGUACAUCAUGUACGGCAAGGUGUACCGCAUCGAGGGCGACGACGCCGCCACCGAGCCGUCCAGCCGCCUGGCAGCGUACGUUUCGUUCGGCGGCCUGCUGAUGCGUCUGCAGGGAGACGCCAACAACCUGCACGGCUUCGAGGUGGACCAGACCAUGUACCUGCUCAUGAAGAAGCUUGCCUUCUAGACUGAAAACUUGUAUUACAAUCUCGUUUAAUAAAUGCCUUACCACUUUCUGUAA